AGGCACCACCAUAAAAGGACGCCUGCUCAGUCGCUCUUAAAGCAACAUGCCCAGUUCAGCUGACUCCAGUCUGGGCAAACACAGACGGCCACCUUGGAGGCUCUAGCCACCCUCUGAUACGCUUUAUUUGCGUACUGUGAGGACUCGUCUGUCAACACCACAGCACAGGCAGAGCCCAGCACCAGUGAGCAUCCCUCUUCUCUGUCAGACGUGAACAGAGACCUGGUCGGCCGGCUGGUCAUCUGGCUGCAGGCAGCAGCAGACACUGAAGGAACUCCCUCCACGUUACAGGGGAGGCACGCAGUCUCCAGAGAAGCGGGUUUUCCUUUAGGAUCCAUCACCGACUUCAUUGCUCAGCUUCUUCGCUCCACCACCAUUCUCUCGCUCUUUCUUAUAUAAAAUUUUACUGCCAGAAUUUUUAAUUUCCAAUUUGAAAUUUGAAAUUAGUGUUAGCAUUAUUUAUGAGCAAGAAGGAACUUUAAAUAAUCAAAUGUGCACCAAGGGAGUAGCUCCAUAACUUAUGCAUUGACUCACGGAUACUGAUUCAACACUGAGGGAACUGGAGUGUCCACCAGAUGCCUAAUGAAAUCCAGACGGUAAAAGAACAGUGACUACAGUGCAGCCGUGGAGUAACUCUGACCACUGCGGAUACAGAAAUGGCUAACAAUUUUACUACACCACUGGCAGCUUCUCACGGCAAUAACUGUGAUCUCUAUGCACACCACAGCACGGCCAGGAUAUUAAUGCCUCUGCAUUAUAGCCUGGUCUUCAUCAUUGGUCUGGUGGGAAACUUGUUGGCCUUAGUUGUCAUUGUUCAAAAUAGAAAAAAAAUCAACUCAACCACUCUCUAUUCAAUGAACUUGGUGAUUUCCGACAUCCUGUUUACCACAGCUUUACCUACGCGGAUAGUCUACUAUGCCCUGGGUUUUGACUGGAGGAUUGGUGAUGCCCUGUGCCGGAUAACUGCUCUGUUGUUCUACAUCAACACGUAUGCAGGUGUGAACUUCAUGACUUGUUUGAGCAUAGACCGAUUCUUUGCCGUGGUGCACCCUCUGCGCUACAACAAGAUUAAAAGAAUUGAAUAUGCAAAGGGCAUUUGUGUAUUUGUCUGGAUUUUGGUGUUUGCUCAAACACUGCCACUGCUCCUCAAACCCAUGUCUAAGCAGGAGGCAGACAAGACUACUUGCAUGGAAUAUCCAAAUUUUGAAGGGACAGCAUCUCUCCCGUGGAUUCUGCUCGGAGCCUGCCUGCUAGGCUACGUGCUGCCUCUUGCCAUCAUUCUCCUGUGCUACUCUCAGAUCUGCUGCAAACUCUUCAGGACUGCCAAGCAGAACCCACUGACCGAGAAAUCUGGUGUGAACAAAAAGGCUCUCAACACGAUCAUCCUCAUCAUCGGCGUGUUCGUCUUGUGCUUCACGCCCUACCACGUGGCCAUUAUGCAGCACAUGGUGAAGACUCUCUACGCCCCCGGAGCCCUCGGCUGUGGGGUGAGACACUCCUUCCAGAUCUCUCUGCACUUCACAGUGUGCCUGAUGAACUUCAACUGCUGCAUGGACCCUUUCAUAUACUUCUUUGCAUGUAAAGGGUACAAGAGAAAGGUCAUGAAGAUGCUCAAACGUCAAGUGAGCGUGUCAAUCUCCAGUGCAGUGAGGUCAGCCCCUGAGGAGAACUCACGGGAAAUGACGGAGUCACAGAUGAUGAUCCACUCCAAGGCCUCCAAUGGGAGGUAAAGGUGCUUGGGCCCUCACAGCACAGCAAGCUGCAGGGCAGGCGGGCUCUGCCUACCAACUGUUCUGCUCCCAACCAGGAUGCCUUCCAGUUGUCCUCUCUGGGCAGGACUACCCACUGCCACCUCACCAGCCAGCGCACUGACAUCCAGACCAGACCAAGGAAACAGCAAAAGCAAGUUCUACUUCAUAAAUGAAACAGAAUAUACAAAGGAAGGCUAUCGUAAUACGUCUCCAUGUAAAAAGAAAUGCUGUGUGAAAUUACCAUUUCUUGCCAAUAGCGUGGCAAAAGAAAGAAGACUGAUUGCACUGUAUAUAUUGCCAGUGUAAAAAUGUUAAUACUCUAAUAUAUGUAACAUAUUUCCUAAUUUACACCUUUCACUUUUAGAUUUUGUUUCCUUAGUAAUUUAGAUUUUGUUUUGUUCUGAGACAACUGUUUUCAGAAACAUUUUGUGAGAUAAAAAACAGGGUCUAAUGAGAAUGUUAAUAGCCACUGUCAGGAGUUCCAACUACAAUUAACGGAAGGUAGAUGUGAAGCGCGAAGGCGGAAAUGUUGGUGAUGACAGAGACAAUGGAAGCACCGAGCCCUUCCCUGAGCAGCCAGGACAGUGCCUGUGGACCAUGCCCGGAAACACGACAGGGGCUUCCCAUACAGGCAUCGUGCGCUGGCCGUGUGCCACCUCCCUUUUAGGAACAGAACAUAUGCACACAUGCCUUGUUUUCCUUGAGUCUCAUGGGCACCUGGUACCUACACAGCUGUAGAUUAGGUUAUAAGAACUGGGGCAAAGAGGAUUACAGUUAUAAUUGCCACAUUUGCAUAAAUAAAUCAAAAAGUAAGUGCACAAAAUUGUGCAUUUAUAAA